GUGCAUAUAUGCAUGCACACAGCCCUUAGGGCUGCAACGAAGGCUGAAUGAUGAAUGAACAAUGCAAAUCAAUCCUCCCUCAUUAUCAGAGACAUUUCUCCAGCAAAAGCUUCAACUCAACAACAGGAUUUGAACAUCGCGAUGUCGGGGCUAGAAGUGGUCGGGGUUGUUUUUGGAGUGCUCCCUCUACUUAUAUCGGCAGCCGAGCACUAUGACGAUGUUUUCAAGCCUUUUAAGAGAUUCAAAAAGUAUGCACCGGAACUCGAUUCCUACCAGAAGCGACUAAAGGUUCAAAAGACAAUCUUCAUGAACGAGUGCCAAAUACUGUUGACGACAUUGACAAAUCGACAAUCGGCUAAAGAGAUGUUACAGGAGAAAGACCACCCUUCCUGGAGCGAUGAGGCGUUAAAGAGGAGGCUCAUUGAGCCACUGGGAAGUGCAAAAGAGGCUUGUGAAGCUACGAUGCAAAUGAUUAUGGAGAAGCUCAAGUCUAUCGAAGCAGAUGCUGAGAGUUUUGGUGCAGUUUUGCAGGAAUCAAUGCCGAUACGGUCAUUUGGGGAUAAAGCAUGGCGGUGUCGAAUACAAAAGAAGCUGAAGUUCUGUUUUUCCGAAUCACGACUCACGGAAUAUCUUGACGACCUUCGAAAGCUCAACCAGGACUUCCGCACCUUGGCGAAGCAGACCACGAGAUUUGAGAAGCAGCAGGAUGAUAGACUGAAAUCGCAAGUGGCAACAGCAUUUUCGCCGAAAAAGAUUGCAGAGUCAAAGUUGAUCCAAAGAGCUUCUGCGCAGCUGUAUGAUGCCAUUGGGACCGCCUGUCAACAUCACACAGAGCACUAUGCACAAUUCCAGCUAUUACCAAAAAAUAUCGGAUCAACAGAUUCAGAGGAGUCGUUUGUUCGCUUCAACAUUGCCUUCACACACGAUCGGCGUGGGGCAUUUGCAACUUUGGAGCCUGUGUGGAUUGCAGUAGAAUCCUCUUUUCUGGAAAGCUCGCUGAACGAUAUGCACAAGGUGAUCGUACAAGCAGACGGAUCGUCGAGUUUACCUCGAACUCUAACGCGGAACCUGGAGAUAGCAAAUGAGACGCAGAGUCAGCAGCCUCGGGAGAAGGCGAAAAGACAGAAAAGCGUACGCUUUGUGCAGGUACCGCCGAUCUGCUCGAUCAUUCGGGAACCAGACUUUUGCUCUAGCACUCUUACACCCGCGACAAGUCUCCAGGUGAAAGCAUCCUCUUGCCUAUCAGUGACGAGCGAGGCACAGCAACACUCGUCGCUUCCCGAUUUCUGCGUACAACAUGACUUCUGCCAUCAACUCCGAAAGUCCUGCAGCUACUCGCGCGUCCCAGAAAAUAAGUAUUUAGGGUACUUCCAGAAAUCUGGUCCUUGUAAGCAUCUUGUUUACUUUGCAGCUCCAGUUGCGGUACACGAUUAUACACAACCAGAAUCGCUUGCCUCGAUUAUCGGAUUAAUGGAAGGGAAAGCAGAGUCUGAACAGUUUUUGGAGUACGAACGACUGAGGCUAGCAACUCGACUUGCAGAAGCAGUCUUACAAUUCCACGCAACGCCUCUGUUAAAACGAUUUUGGCAUGGAGAGGACGUGGUUUUUUUUCGGCAUGGGAAAUUCGACAAUUCGGCAUCCAUUUCAUCACCACACCUCAAUGUUCAAGUCGGGUCCGCGACAUCAACCAAAGUAAUCGGAAACGAAAAUCAGGACGUGGAUAAUGUCGUGGGUCAUAUGAUCCGCAAUUCCUAUCUCUUCAGUUUGGCGGUGGUGCUGAUCGAACUCGCUUUUCAAGCACCACUUCGGAGCCUGUACAACAGUAAUGACCUGAUAAAUGGUCAGUGUAAUGCCCUCUCGGACUUUCUUGUUGCGGUCCGUUUGAGUGAGACCAUAAGCUCAUCGAUGGGAUAUACCUACGGGAAGAUCGUAAGGAAAUGCCUGAACUGUGAUUUUGGCCAGGGGACGAGUGAUCUAGGAAAUGAGAAAUUGAAAGCUGCAGUGUACCAGGAUGUGGUAUGCGAGCUGGAGAAGCUUGAGCGAGGGUUCGCAAUGCUGCAGCUCGGUGGUUGAUUAGUGCUUUCCCCCCCUAAUGUUGCUGCUACUUGGAUGAGAGACAAAAGUUCAGAACUGGAAUUUUUAAAACUACUGAAGAGCAGCUGAGAUCCGUGUUUUUCCUGUCAGAAGAUACUAGCAGUGCCAGGAGUGAGCCGGACCAAAAUUGACCAGUGUCUUAAACUUUUAAUGGCAACUUUCAAGAGCAGAUGUAUGUCAAAGAGCCGUUACAUGCUUGUUCAUCAUUGAUGUUAUUUGACUACCACAUGCAGAUCUUGCACUUACCACUUGAUGCUCCGAGGACAGAUUUGGAGGUCUUGCUAUUCUUUUCUUUGAUGGCUAGGUAAGCCGCUUUGUAUCUAGGUGAAAUUUAGCUGGAACAAGACGGAGAGAUAUGUUUUGAGUCUACAGACAGAGGUAUAGGUUGUCUAAAGGUUGCCAUUGCACUCAUCUUCGUUGCGAUGAAUGAGAUUGACGGCCUGCUUCAACCUGCGUGAGCUGAAGGGGCGAAGUAAAAUCUGAAAUCGUG